AUGACUUCCUCGGCACGGAAGGCCCAUGCAAGGAGGGCCAGGUACGAAGAAGUGUUCUCUGCCCAACGACCAUCCAGUAACAACAGAGAUCCGUCCGGAGAGUAUCUUAUAAUGUUCAGUGAAGAAGAUGGAGAAGGUUUGUCGCGCCCUCAUGACGAUGCAUUAGUAGUAACAUCACAAAUUUCUAAUUAUCGGACCAAAAGAGUAUUGAUCGACAAUGGCAGUUCUGCCGACAUCCUAUUCUGGGAAGCAUUCAUUAAAAUGGAAAUCACUCCAGAUAGGUUACGGCCAGCACCAACUCCCCUCAAAGGCUCCACAGGGGACACCAUCCAACCAAUCGGAGUAAUCACUCUCUUUGUAUUGGUGGGAACGACUCCCAAAACAACAUCUUUCAUGAUAAACUUCUUGGUGGUGAAGGCCCCUUCUUCAUAUAAUAUGAUCCUCGGACGCCCAUCCUUGAAUCAAAUGAGUGCUAUAACUUCCACGUAUCAUCUGAAGGUAAAAUUUUCGACCUCAUCUAGACUAGGAGAAAUGCUUGGCGAGCAACAGACCGCAAGAGAUUGCUACACCCAAGAUAUGAAGUCAAAAGUAGUAGUUAUACAAACUCUUGAGCAAGGCCACAGGGAAGCAGCCACGCCGCCACCUUGGGCUCGAACGAAACCAGACCAAGAGGUAAGGGACGAAGAGACACUAAGGUAG